GAACACCUGUUCGAGAUAGCUGCGCAAGUCACACAUAGUGUGCCGCCUUAUCUGCUCGACUUUGAAUCGCGAACAUUAGUGCCGUUCUCUGCCACUAAUGGGGCUGUUAGUGAUCACCUUUCUCAGAUGCUAUCCCGAGCCACCUUUGUCGACGAAGUAGGUGCGCAAGUGCUUCCGGAGACGCCAGAGGUGUCGCUCCACCCCCUUCAAGAACCCGGUUUGGAUUCGUACACUGAAGUGCUGACGCGCCAUCUGAGCCGUUACGCACAACAGAUGAUGGGAAGCGGUAUCAUCCCUACAGACGAAAUGUUCCAGCAAGAGGCAAGGCGUCUACUUUUUGAUUCUGAAGAUCAGUGGAAUCAAACCAUUGCUGAUAAUCGCGAAUGGCUGGCUCACUUUCGAGGACAGCAAAGCAAUAAUAGUCAUCAUCAGGCCCAGAGGACGCUCUUGUGA